AUGACCAUGGUCCCCCCAAUCAAUCAGACCGACUUAGAAGAUCUCAUCAAUCAAAAAAAGUGUUUGAGACGUGAAAUUGCAACAGCUCGAGAGUAUUGGAAACCUCCGGGUCUGUUUGACCAGAGCUAUUACCAGCAAGGCGCGAAUGUUGCCAAGUUUUAUAAUGGACCCGCGAUCGACUAUGAAGCGACUGAGGAGGCCAAGCGACUCUUGGAAGAAAUCCGCGAAUACGAGGCCACUGAAAAGUUUUUGAACUCUUAG